UUUAAGGGGUUGAGACACGUUUUGCUGUGCAGUCAUGUUGAGCUUAAAUUUCUUCUGUACUCUCCUGCAGCUGCUGGUUUGGGAACCUAUGUUGAGGCACUUGUACGCAAACAUGACACUGAAUUUAACGUAGUUGUAACUCAAAUGAAUGGUUCACCUUCAACUGAAUCUAUUCAUGUGCUUCAUGUUGGAAAGAUGAGAAUAAAACUCUGCAAAGGAAAGACCACAAUUGCCAAAGAAUACUAUUCAAGUUCAAUGCAGCUUUGUGGUGUUAGAGGAGGUGGAAAUGCAGCAGCACAGGGAGUUUUUUGGCAGCCAAAGCAAGGGCAUUCUUUUGUAUUAGCUUUUGAAUCAGAGCGAGAAAGGAAUGCUGUCAUCAUGCUUGCAAGGAGAUUUGCAUUUGACUGUAAUAUCAUGCUUGCUGGACCAGAUGACAGAGCUCCUCUGGGGACAUCAUGAGUCUCCUUACAUCUUUUUCCCCUACCCUUGUAAUUAUGAGUUUUUCUACCUUGUAUUAUUACCAUAAGUGUUAUUUAAACUCUUGAAAUCUUCCUUAUAAUAUUGGUUUAGCUUGUAGUGAUUCACACCUUGUGGUCUGAAUCAUAUAUAUAAAUAUAAUUUUGUUUCAUCAGUUCAAGGCAUUUUUUUAUUUGCCUGUGAGAUUAGGUUGCUUAGUCAUAGCAUUUUGUAUUGAAAUGAUAAUUGGUUGUAUUUUAUGGACAGACAAUUACUGAGAAUUCUGAUUGCUGUUGUCUAUGGACACUGACCUCGUGAACAGGACAAUAUGUGAAUCUUGUUCUUCUCUCAUUUCUGAUAUAAAAGAAUCCAAUGUUUAUAUUA